ACGAAAACGAGGAUGGUAAUCAGGGAACUCUCGCACGCACGGAAAUCCUCGCACAGUGAACCAACUCUACCACGAUUAAGCGUUAACCAUUCAACUAACACUAGUUAACUGCUUGUUAAAGCCUAAACCCCUCCUCCUCCUCCUCCUCCUCCAGCCCCCAGCGUUCCGAACUCUCUCCUUGGCAUUGCUGCUGUUUUGGGCUCCUCUGGUCGAACUAACAGACGCCAUGAGUGUAAUGGGCCGCCUUUUCCUUGUUCUCUGUCUGUUCGGCUUCUUCUCGGCCAAAGCUCACAAUAUCACUGAGAUACUAUCGAAAUCUCCAGAAUACGGCCAGUUUAACAGCUACCUCAGCCAAACGAAGCUCGCCGACGAGAUCAAUAGUCGCCAGACGAUAACCGUCCUGGUUUUCAAAGACGCCGCCAUGUCCUUUCUCGCGGCCAAUCACCCCCUCGCCGCCAUCAAAAAUGCCCUCAGCAUCCACGUGCUCUUGGACUACUUCGACGCCCUUAAGCUCCACCAGAUCUCCGGAGGCACCGGUCUCACUACCUCGCUCUACCAAACUACCGGAAAUGCGCCGGAGAAUCUAGGUUUUGUCAAUAUUACCGAUUUGAAGGGCGGAAAGGUCGGCUUCGGGUCGGCUGCGCCGGGGUCGCCUAUCGACUCGACUUACACCAAGGAGGUGAAGACGAUUCCGUAUAACAUUUCGGUUUUGGAGAUCAACCAGCCGAUCAUAGCGCCGGGGGUUUUGGACGCGCCGGUUCCGUCGGCUUCGGAGAACAUUACAGCUUUGCUUGAGAAGGCCGGGUGCAAGACGUUCGCGACGUUGAUUAUGGCGAGCGGCGUGUUCAAGGCCUACCAGGCGGCGGCGGAGAAAGGGUUAACGGUGUUUGCUCCGUCGGACGAGGCGUUUAAGGCGGCGAAUGUGCCGGAUCUGGCGAAGCUCACGAACGCCAACCUGGUGGCGCUCCUGCAGUACCAUGCUCUCGCUAGUUACUCUCCAAUUGGCACGUUGAAGGCGACUAACGAGCCGAUUAGCACGCUCGCCACCAACGGCGCGGGAAAGUUUGAUUUGACCGUUGCCACCAACGGCGACGAGGUGACUUUGAAGACGGGACUCGACUCUUCUCGAAUCGGCAGUACUGUCAUCGACGCCAUGCCACUCUGCAUUUUCACCGUCGAUAAUGUACUCCUUCCGGCUGAGUUGUUCGGGAAGGCACCGUCUCCGACACUUGCGCCGGAACCUGUCAAGUCGCCGUCGCCGUCGCUGUUGCCUUCUCCUUCUAAAUCUCCUGCACCGGUGGUUUCUGCCCCCAGCCCGGCCCCGGUAUCAGCUAGGGCUCCAGCGCCGGCCCCGGUAUCAGCUAAGGCUCCGGCGCCGGCUCCGGUAUCAGCUAAGGCUCCGGCACCGGCCCCGGCCCCGGUAUCAGCUAAGGCUCCAGCGCCGGCCUUAGAAACUCCAGAAGGAGCUCCGGCGCCGUUUAUAGAAUCUCCGGAUGGAGCUCCGGCGGAGGGACCGGGCGAGGCGCCGCACAGCACGUCGGAUAACGGCGACGUGAAAGCCCCAGCAUUGCUUAAAGCGCUGUUCAUAGUGUCAGUCUCCGUUGCUAUAUCAGGGUUCUUGUCGUAAAUGGUACUUCGAUCGACGUCUAUUUGGGGUUUUAGCUUAUUCAUUUUGUUUUUUUUCUUUAUUUUAUAAUUCUAUGGGUAGAUUAGUCUUUCUCAUAAUUUGGUUUGAUAUUUAUUUAAUUUGGGGGGAGUUGAGUGGACAAGCUGCGCAUUGUAGCAGCUGAUGGUGAUUUUGAGCAUUCGUGCGCGUGCGUGGUGUGCUUAUAUGAUCUGAGUGGACGCUGUUUCCCUUUGGUCGACGCUAUUUUAUUUUGUCCUUUUGAUUAAGCUUAAAACUUAUAAAAAACUAUAUAA